AUGUUUUUGUAUAUUUUAUUGACUGCUCUAGUUGGAAAUAUUCAUACAGGUUUUUUUUUUGCAAAACUUUUUUGAUUCACAAUCAAAUUUUUAUAGCAUAUUUCCCUGCAGAUAGUGACUAUAAUAGUUGCUAUGGUGAUACAGAACAAACUUGUGAAGAUGGUUGGACUCUUCUUAUUCGACCACAAGGUGGAUGGUGUAUCAAAUAUUAUAUAGCAACAAUUACUCGAGCAAAUGCUGAAACUGCGUGUAAAACCGAGAAUGCAACACUUUCCGGAAUUCAAUAUCCAUCUGAAAUUACUACAAUUGUUAAUUUGUACACAGCUGUGAAUACAGUAACAUCGGGAUCAAGAGUUUGGAUUGGAGCAUACAGAACACCGGCGUGUUUGACUUCAUUCCUUACAACAACUUGUAAUGCGACAAAUUCGUUUUAUUGGACUGAUAAUUUCACAACUGGAACAGCUGGUUUUGUUUGGACAACUGGAAAUCCCAAUAAUAACGAUUCAUUAAAUCGGCGCGCGUAAGAUUUUUUAGAAAAAAUGCACCACAAUAAAAAGGGCUCACACCAGAUAUUCUAUAUUGCAUAUAAUGUGAUAAAAGGAACCUGUGUGGUCCCAUUCAGCAUUUCAAUGGUCCAAAUUUUAAAUCUCAUUUUUCAGGCCAGUUGUUUCAUUGGUAAUAAUUGAUGCAGGACUUGACGAUGUCCCGUAAGAAAAACAUAUUUUAAAUAUUUAUAUUUUCAAAAUUUUCAGAGACAUCACUACUGGAAAUAAGGGAUACAUUUGUGGAAAACAAGCAACCUAA